UUCAACAUAAUUACGAAGGUUGAACAUUUCUGGUGGAUGUUCGUAGAUCUGCUGUAACCGCUGUCUAACAUGGCGGCGCCCUCAACAAACACGCAGACGAUGUCUCAAGAAGGUGACGAAAGCCAAGAGCCUCAAACAUUUAAGGACUUAGGGAUCAUAGAGGAGUUGUGUGUUGCAUGUGAGCAUUUAGGAUGGAAAAGUCCCACAACAAUUCAGAAAGAAGCCAUUCCUGUAGCAUUACAAGGACGAGAUGUCAUAGGUCUUGCAGAGACUGGUUCAGGGAAAACAGGAGCAUUUGGACUUCCUGUGCUCCAGUCAUUGAUAUCACAACCACAACGGCUUUUCUGCCUGGUCUUAACUCCUACCAGAGAAUUAGCAUUCCAGAUUAAAGAACAAUUUGAUGCCCUUGGAAAAGCCAUGGGUGUGACAUGUGUUGUGAUAGUGGGAGGUAUGGACAUGACACAACAAGCACUGGAGCUCGGUAAGCGACCACAUAUCAUUGUGGCCACCCCUGGCCGUCUUGUGGACCAUUUAGAGAAGACAAAGGGUUUUAACCUGAAGGCACUUAAGUAUCUGGUGAUGGACGAGGCUGAUCGCAUCCUCAACAUGGACUUUGAGGAGGAAGUUGAUAAAAUCAUGAAACAGUUGUCACGAGAAAGGAGGACAAUGCUGUUUUCAGCAACCAUGACAAGUAAAGUUAAUAAGCUACAACGAGCUCAUUUAAAGGAUCCUAUAAAAGUAGAAGUUUCAUCAAAAUAUCAGACAGUCAGUAAAUUACAACAGUCAAUGAUAUUCAUCCCCUGCAAGCAUAAGCAUAUGUACCUCGCUUAUAUUUUAAAUGAAAUUGGCAACCAGUCUGUCAUCAUAUUCUGUGCCACUCAACUCUCUACACUGAAAACAGCACUCAUACUCCGCAACCUUGGCUUCACAGCCAUUCCCUUACAUGGCAAAAUGUCUCAGAACAAACGUCUGGGUGCCUUGAAUAAGUUCAAAGCCAAGGAACGGUCUAUUCUUUUAGCUACAGAUGUGGCAUCAAGAGGACUUGACAUCCCAAGUGUUGAUUAUGUGAUCAACUUUGAUGUGCCAAUGCACAGCAAAGAUUACAUUCAUCGUGUUGGCAGAACAGCAAGAGCUGGAAAGUCUGGCAUUGCCAUAACAUUCGUGUCUCAGUAUGAAGUGGAGGUUUACCAAAGAAUUGAGAAGUUGCUAGGAUACAAGUUGGAUGUCUACCCCACAGUCAAAGAGGAGGCUCUUGUAUUGGAAGAGAGGAUUGCAGAAGCUGAAAGAUUUGCAAAGCUUGAAAUGGCUAGGCUUAAUGAAAAGACAGGCAAGAAGGGAAAGAAGCGGGAUCAUGGAGAUGAUACUGAGGAGAGUCUUGGUGUCAGAAAUCGUAUCAACAAAAAGAAAAAGUUCAAGAAAUAGGCAGUUGGUGAAUGUUUGAAAUUAUUGCAUUGUUAUGAUUGAAGAUUAUUUGGAUAUGAAAGUUGCUAAUAUUUUUAUAUGUAUGAACUAAAACUGACGGUUUGCUUAAAAAUACUGAAGAUCCAAUUUGUUUUUCUUUCUUUCUUUCCAAGUCUUAAUCAUCUUUUUUUCUGUAUACCAUACUUCAACCAUAGAUACCAAGCUCGUCAUCAACCAUGUCUCUUGGAUCUUUGUCACUAAAAGUCAAAAGAUACUACAUUUUUACAAGAAUUGGCUUUUAAAGCCAGAUAGAAAAAUUGCUACAUCUAUGCAUUCAAAACAACUAGGCAUGUGUAUUUUCAUUUACAAAUUUGUUAUUUUGCUGAUAAUCCAAACUGGUAAGCAGCAUUAAUUUUGGACCUAUCAGUUCUUGCACUGAACUGUCUUGAAGCUUUAAUUAUCUUUGGUUCAACUUGGCCUUCAGAUAUCUUGUCAAAGCCGGAAAUAUCAUAAAAUGAAUAUCAGUUUAAAUGCAUUAGGUAGUACUCAGCUUAAAAUCAGUGUUCUCUGUAUACAAAGAAAAAAUAAUAUAGUUAAUGCACAUUUAUACUAAUCAAUAUUAAGAAUAAGACAAACAUUGGUCUGUCUUUUACUUUUUGAUAAAGUAUUUUCCAAACUCAUAAAAUAUGCUGCCAAUCAUGCUUGGCAAUCAUAAAUAUACAAGGCAGAUAUUAUAAGACCAAUUAGCAUUACCAAAGGAACAGUCUACAAGAUUACAAUCUGAAAGUUUACAAAAUGAAAUUUCAAGGGUUUCAAAGAAAAUAUUCCUACAUUUUAGGAAAUUCUUAGAACAUCGAGUCUCCAAACACCACAUGUAAAAUUUAAGGACCUUCUGCAAGGAUCUUCUGUCAGUGUUUUCAGUAAAUUUCGGAAAUCGUCCA